AUGUCUGCGGAGAACAGAAGUCUGGAGGACGUGGAGGAGAGUCCUAGGCGUCCUACAGGAGUCAGGGAUGAAGACAUGGAUUUGGACUCUGACCUGGAGACAGAAGGAUCUCGAAGAGCCCCCCACAUCAUUCCUACCUCCUGCUUUCGGCAUCAAGGGAGUGGCCCAGAGCUGACCCUUCGGCACCGUGGCCUGGGGCCCCAGGGGGCUCAGGGUCUCAAGUCUGUCUUGGCUUCCAGUCCCCACAUCAAGAAGCUGGACCUUCGGGACAAUGGUCUGUGUGCAGCGGGAGUCGCAACCCUGGAAGGGGCCCUGCGCAAAGGCAGCUGCAUCUGUGAUGUGGAUCUGUCCGAGAACCAGCUGGGAGCAGAGGGGGUCCGGGUCCUGUGCUCUGUCCUGGUGGCACACCCAGCCGUGCGGAAGGUGGUGCUGGCGGGGAACAGGCUGGAGGAGCAGGCAGCCCUGCAUCUGGCUGAGCUGCUGCUGCUCCAAACCACCUUGCAGUCCCUGGACCUGAGCUACAACGCGCUGAGUGAUGAAGCAGGGAAGACUCUUGGACCAGCCCUGGCGGAAAACACAGGACUCACAGAGCUGAACAUGAGCUGGAAUUGCCUUCGAGGCCCAGGAGCGGUGGUCUUUGCCAAGGGACUGGAGGCAAACAUCUUCCUGAAAGUUCUGGAUGUCUCAUACAAUGGCUUUGGGGACCCUGGAGCCUCAGCAGUGGGUGAGGCCCUCAAAGUCAACAACGUGCUGGAGGAACUCAAUAUGAGGUGA